UUGUUGUAUACUUUAGUCAUUGUGUCCAUUUUUGUUUUUAUUUUUAGACUAGCAAAAUGAAUAUUUUGAUACAUCGUAAUAUAGUAGAUUGAUGUCACCCUUUUGUCUACCUUGUUUAGCAAGUUGCAUGCUUAUGGAAUAUGUGUGUAGCCCUCUUUUUGCAAUGAGGGCAUCUCUUGUACGCUUUUUCGAUCUUUAUAAAAUUGAACUGCAAAAAAUGCCUUCUCCCUUUUAAUUUCCAUGGAGCCCCAUGUGAAUUUUCAACUUUUCCAUGUUUAAGUUUGAUGAUAAAAGCAUGCAUUUAUUUUCUAGAGAUAAACAAGUUUAAUUUUGUUCAUUAACCCAUUUCUUCCGCUCCGAUUGCUCACUGCUUAAAAAUAUAUGUAUUGCUUAGUUUUACAAAUAAGUCUAUUAAUAUAUGUUUAGAAAAAAAAGAAAUCUAACAAAAGAAAUUAUUGAAGUGAAUUACUGGUGUAGCAGAGUGCUUUCGUGGAGAAUAAAAUGUGUUGAUUGUUGAGUUCAUAUUGUAUUAAUGAUUUAUUGGUCGAAUAUAUCCCUCUCUCGUAUGAUUUAUCUAUAGAUUAUUAUAUGUGACAAUUUUAAUUAGAGUAAAAUAUAUUAAUUCUUUUUCCUAAUUAAAAUUAUUACAUCAGUCGUAAAUACGUUAUGCAUAUUCACGGAGGGUAGGUGAUCGAUUCUUAUAACUAUAUAUAUCGCUUGAUUAUCGUAAUUAUAUCAUGACAUGAUGAUGUGCAUCAAUAAACAUGGUCUCAAUAUAAAGGAUUCAAAUCCGAUGUACCACAUUUGCUUUCUCACUUUGUAUUUUGUUUUUAAUUUUAUUUAUUUUUUUAUAUUUUUUUCUUUAAUUUCAAUUUUGUAUAUUUUAAUUUAAUUUUAUGAUUAUUAACUAGAGUUUAUUCCAUCUAAGGUAUAUAAUUUUGUUUUAGAAUUUAAUUUUACUUUUAUUAGGUAAUUUAAUAUAUUGAUAAAUUAAAAGUUAUGGUAUAUAAUUUUUAAAAAAAGUUAAUUUUUUGAAAUAAAAAUUAAGGGUAACCAUAGUAUUAUAAUUAAUUUUUUUAAUAAAAAUAUUAUUAAAUUAAUAAAUAUAUAAAUGAAACAUAGUUGCACACAUAAAAUUGUGAGACCGUGGAUGUCUACGAACUGAAAAUGACUAGUUGAAUUCUUGAGGCAGCUGCACUGAAGAAACAGAAGAAAAUCCGAUUCAUGGGCGCAAGAGCAAUAUCACCAUCUUCGCUGUGAUUAGCCGAUGAUACUACAACUAAAUUUUAGUAAGAUCUAGAUUAUUUUUAUGGGAUCAUGUUUCUUGAUAUGGACACGCUCCCACUUUUAUCCGAAAUUCGCGCACAUAUUUUAAGAGGGAAAAUGGAAUUUAAACUUUUGUUUUCUUCUCUUCUCCGGCGGUUACAGUGUUGAUGACUCCAUAAAACUCAGCCGUCCAAUCCCAGCAGACUUGUGCUUUUCCCUUUCCUCCAUUACCAUCCCUCUCAUCAGAUUCUCAUACACUUUCUUGAUUUCUUUCCCACAAGCCAAGAAUCUCUCCUCUCACAGAUAUUCCCUCUUUUUUCCUUCUCCCCUUUCUCUCUCUUGAAAAACACUUAGCUUUAUCAAUGAUGCCAUUCUUCUCCAGUUCCUUUCUCUCUCCUAUUCCAUUCUUCUCACCCUCGGUGUUAGUCCCUUUCAGCCCCCCGGAAAACCGCCUUCUAUACAUAGUGUUCCGCCCCCCUUGGCCCCCCCCAUGUCUUCUUCAAAUGUCAACCACCUUUCUCAUCCCUGUAUUUAUGAGAGGAAAUCGCGUUUCAUGAAAUGGCUGAGUAAGAUUUUCAAGGGCGGGGCGAGCAGCAGGGAAGUUUCAACCGGUUCACAGCAACCUCAGUUUCUUGGGGAGGAAAACAUGGUGUGGCGUGCUCCCUUUAGAUCCCUGGAUGAACGAUCUCGGGGCAGCAGAGAGAAGGAGGAAUUAGAUCGCGCAAUUGCGCUGUCUAUGUCAGAAGAUUUAAAGAGACCAAAUGGAUACAGAUGGCGAGCAGAAAAUGAUGAGGAUGUAGCAAGGUCACUUCGCGAUAGUUUCAACUCAGCCCCAUACCCUUCAUAUGCCCCUAGAGAGAGAGAUUAUUAUCCAAGGGGAUCUAGAAAGUGUGCUGGUUGCAGACGUGACAUCGGAUAUGGGAAUUAUCUCGGAUGCAUGGGCGCCUUUUACCAUCCGGAAUGCUUCCGUUGUCACGCCUGUAACUACCCUAUUACCGAGCACGAGUUCUCUUUGUCAGGGAGAGAAACAUACCACAAAUCCUGCUUCAAAGAGCUCAAUCAUCCCAAAUGUGAAGUGUGCCAUCAAUUUAUCCCGACCAACAAUAUGGGCUUGAUCGAGUACAGAUGCCACCCCUUCUGGUCGCAGAAGUACUGCCCUUCUCAUGAGCACGACAACACACCUCGCUGCUGUAGCUGUGAGCGUUUGGAGUCACGCAACACUCGAUACAUAUCCUUGGGAGACGGGCGCUGCCUAUGCUUGGAGUGCAUGGAAUCGGCCAUCAUGGACACCGGUGACUGCCAACCUUUAUACCACUCCAUCAGAGACUACUACGAAGGGAUGAACAUGAGGAUCGCACAGGAAAUCCCAAUGCUUCUCGUUCCAAGACAAGCCCUCAAUGAGGCUAUCGAAGGGGAGAAACAUGGUUACCACCACAUGCCUGAAACAAGAGGUUUGUGCCUUUCGGAAGAGCAGACAGUUACAAGUAUAAUGAGGCGGCCGCGGAUGGACCGUCGUGGGCUAGUAGGUAUCAGAACGCAGCCACAGAAGCUGACUCGAAGGUGUGAAGUUACAGCCAUUCUUGUGCUGUACGGCCUCCCAAGGUUACUAACUGGAGCAAUACUUGCACACGAGCUCAUGCAUGGAUGGUUACGUCUCAAUGAGUUCCGAAAUCUAAGGCCAGAGGUGGAAGAAGGUAUCUGUCAAGUGCUGUCCCACAUGUGGCUGGAAUCGGAGGUGGUGGUGCCUGAUUCCAGAGCCACGACGUCGUCUGCAUCUGCAUCAUCGUCAUCAACAUGGUCGUACGGAUCCAUGCCCCCCUCGUCAUGGCAUUCUUCCAAGAAAGGUGGUAAAUCGAGCGCUGAGAAUAAGCUCGGGGUGUUCUUCAUGCAUCAGAUCCUCCACGAUGCGUCUCCGGCUUACGGUGGAGGAUUCAGAGCUGCCAUGGCGGCAGUUAACAAGUAUGGCUUACGACGUACCCUGGAUCACAUCCGCCACACAGGAAUCUUCCCAGAAUAGUAAUCACAAAAUCAAGAAGAGUAAAAAACAGCCAUGAAAACCUAAUAUGGAACUCUGCGGUGGUUUCAGUUAUAGGUUCAUCGUAGCUUGUUUAUUCAUAAUUUCUAUAUUCAAGUUUGUAAUGAGCGGCUGCUUUUUUUUUUAUCCAUUUAAAGUUCGAUACCUCAA